AGGGGAAUACAUUUUAAAAGUAAACUUCCCAACACUGUUUAUUUAUUUAUUUAAUUUUGUUUUGAUUAUCGCCGAGUCGCAUUUCAGUUCACACUCCGUAUCAGUUGGUGGCGGUAACGCACCAGUAGUUGUUUGCCAACCGGAAAUAAAACACGACAAGAAGAAGAAAAGAAGAAGAAGAAGAAGAAGAGCUGGCGGCUAACGUGCUAAUGGCUGUUCUGUUCCGGUGUUUUUUUAGACGGAGCGGGGAGAAAACGCGUCUUUUUGAGUGCGCACAUCCCGUUACGCUGGACUGAACCGCCUCCACGCCAACUUCUACCACCGUCCUGAAGAUGUAGCCUCUCCCUUCUUCUGGACAAAUAACCAAACCUCGUCCACCUCCACCAUGCUGUUCUCUCUGCGGGAGCUGGUCCAGUGGCUGGGCUUCGCUACCUUCGAGCUCUUCCUGCACCUGCUGGCGUUCCUGGCGUUCAGCAUGCUGGUGGCCCUCCGCGCGGACAUGUUCACGCCGUCCCUGAGCUGGUGGCUGGUGUUCUCGCCGCUGUUCGCCGCCGACGGCCUCAGCACCUACUUCACGGCCAUCGUGUCCAUCCGCCUGUACCAGGAGAACGAGAAGCGGCUGGCGGUGCUCAGGCUCCUCUGGGUGCUGACGGUGCUGAGCCUGAAGCUGGUGUGCGAGGUGCUGCUGUGUCAGAAGAUGGCCGAGCAGGAGCAGGCCAGAGAUCUGUGGUUCGGGCUCAUCGUGUCGCCGCUCUUCAUUCUUCUACAGCUGCUCAUGAUCCGGGCCUGUCGGGUCAACUAGACUAUAAAGAAACUAUGGUGGUCCCUCGUAGCCAAAAAAAACCCGGGACUUUACACAUCACGCUAGGACUGCGCGGAAAACUAUCAGCUCGUGGUUUUGCGGACAAGCUUUCAGAUCAGAUUUGCGAUUUCUGUUUUAAUAGCAGGACUCGGUUCCAAGUUCACAUUCUGAACGCGACAAAAACGGCGAAUCCGUACUGACAAACUCAUCCCCGGACGUACACCGCGCGAUAUUUUCGAUCGUUUCGCUCAGCCCCAGCUCAAACUGUACGACCAAAUCACAGGGUUUACGAUUCACGUUCUCACAUUAAACGAUCCGAUGCUCGUUGUGAAACCCUCACGAAAGGCGACUGGAUUUCAGACCGGUUCGAUAUUCUUGCGAGCUGCGAUUGUCGAUCAGGAGCUGUUCGUCAGUAUUUUUCGGAGUAUAAGUCGCACCAGCCAAAAAAUGUGCAAUGAAGAAGAAAAAAACACAUAUAAGACGCAUUUUUUGAGCUAAAUGUAUUUCACACAUUUGAAAAAAUCGGAUCUGUGUCGUUCAGACUGUCAUUAAAAGAUCAGAUACAGGAACAUAGGGGCCAAAAAAUCAGAUUUGGGUCACUUCAGGCUGCAGUGUGAACGUAGUCUUACUGUACCUCAUCUACACACUUGCCAUGGCUUUUAUAUUUACUAAAUUUCUGGUGUUAAAACGACGUACAGUAUUUUUAGGACUAUAAGUCACUCCGGAGUAUGAAGUCACACCAGCCAAAAAAUGUGUAAUGAAGAAGAAAAACACAUACAAGUCGCACUUUUUGGAGGAAAUGUAUUUUAUAAAAUCAGAGACCAGGAACUGACAUUUCCUGUGUAAAGUCAAGUUGUAGUAAAAACAAUAGAAGAGAGAACAACAGACUGUUAACGUCACAUAUGAACAGUUCUUCAGAUAAACUAUAACAUAAACAACAGAACAGAACAAGUUUAACAAACUCUCCAUCUCACUCCAAAUCACUAAAUCCAUUCAAUUCUUCAUCCUCGGUGUCACUUCUGAACAACUCGACCUCGACCUCCGGAGGUAAACAGAGCGUCACUUCCUCUUCUGUGUCGCUGUCGUCAGACUCAGCAUCAGUUCCAGUUAGAAUUAUUCGGGUCUUUCUGAAUCCCGACAGGAUGGUUUCGGUGUCACUGAAGUCCAGGCUUUGUCCAUCCAUCCAGUGACUUCAGGAAAGUUUCAUGGUGCAUCCUCCCGGUUCCCGUGAAGCUGUGUUUCCUCCAGUCCCUCACGAGUUUCUCUCUCACUCCAGACUUACUUUCUGCUGCUCGAUUACCGUUUUCGUUUGAAUAUUUCACGACUUGCAGCAGGACAGAGGCUCUUUCUGCAGUAGAGCCAAGUGACAGUGGUGCAGGAGGAACAGGAGCAGCAGAUACUCACACACAAGACUAGAGCCUCUCACCGCUUCACUCUCAACAAUUUUAAUAUAUAAGUCACAGGAAACACCCAAACCAUGAAAAAAAGUGCGACUUAUAGUCCGAAAAAUACAAUAAUCUUUUCUCGUUACCUCAUGUUUACUACAAGAAGCACGACGCACGAUUAAGCCAAAACUCGGCCCGAUCCCAAAAAUCGCGCAGUGUACGCCAAGGCUUAAAAACAAGAGUCACAUUUCUGGACCGUUUGUACAGGGUUAAACUUUUUUUUUUUUUUUUUUUACGCAGGAUAAGACCAGAGAUUUUGUCAUUUGUGGAGGAAAUUGUUGCACUUAAUAAAUUGCAGCCUUUGCGAUUUCCAUCCUGCAGCUCUAAAUCGCGCUUUGUUGCUCGUUGUAUUGUCAUAAACAUAAAAACGUUGCUAAAAACCGCUCAGAUAUGAAAUAUAGGCCGUAAGUGACAUUUAUACUCGACUAACUAGACAAGAGAAAAUGAUUCAUAUAAAAAUAACUGGUGCCACCGUAAAUCUGAAGAAAUCGAUGGGAAACACUGGGCGACGUUUGAUAAGAGAUUUUGAGUUUUUUGGGCGACGCUGACAUUUAUUAAAAUCUUAAUGUUUUUUUAAAAGUCCACAAACACAAUAAUUAGGUCGUAUUUUCUUUUUUCCUUCAGAAAUUGACAAAAAAGUUGAGAAAAUGAAUUGUAAAAUUAAGUUGGAGGAUAUAUGGUUUUUUUUUCCCCCUCAAAUUUUGUUUUAAGUUUACUCCAUUUUCCACUUCAGAAUUGUUUUCAGUUGCUGGUGUGAAGUUAAUUUUGGACAAUCCAGUGCCCACGUCUGCUCCCCAACUUUACGUAUAAGAGGAACUUUAAUUAAAUCCUCCAAUUACAAUUUACGCUGUUAUCGUUUCAGAAUUUUUUUAUGUUGCGACAAACGCAGUUACCAAAUUUGCAACGAAUUUGAGAGAUGAGAUGAACUUGGCGACGCAGUUUGAGUCCAGUUUAGUCGGGAUGUAGAGUUUGGUUCUGGUUUAGAAUCUGUGUGUCAUUCGUUCAUUCGUUUUUCAAUAUAAAACCAAAAAUAAGAAAACGAUAAAACAACAGUUUUCUUCAUUAUUUGUCUCCAAAACCAAAAUGAAAAAACUGUUGAUUAAUUUUUUCAGUUUUUGAUUUUGUGUUUAAAUGAAAAAUGGAAAAAACGUCCGUUUCCUAUUUCUGUGACUUAAACUGUGAUGCCGGACUGAACCAGGACUAAACCAGGACUAAACCAGGACUAAACCAGGACUAAACCAGGACUAAACCAGGUAUAAACCAGGACUAAACCAGGUCUAAACUGUUUUCAGUCCUGGUCUGGUCCCGGCCUCAGUCCUGGUCUGAAUCAUGGGCUGGUCUUGGUCUAGUCUCUGUCUCAGUCCCGGUCGGUUCCCGGGCUCAGUCCUGGUCUCAGUUCUGGUCCCGGACCUGGUUUAGUCCUGGUUCAGUCCUGGUUCAGUCCGGCAUCGCACUUAAGUCACAGUUUUUUCAUUUUGAUUCUGGAGACAAAUAAUGAAGAAAUUAUUUAUUUUUUUUGUUUUGUUUUUUUUUUGUCUUCUUUUUUUUUGUGGUUUUAUAUUGAAAAUGAAUGACACACGGAUUGUUUAGUCCCAGGUUAAUCCACGUUUUAAUUUGGUGUAAACGCAGCCAAAAUAUCAAGAUACAGUCCACGAGACAAGACGAGAUUUUGAGAUUCUUUAGAAUAAAUAAAUCCAUCCAACGAUCCAGUUCCCGAUUUUGGCUUCAACAUUUUUGAUUUCCGCUGUCAUCGUAGCAGUUCUUUUUGGGACUACAGCCUCUCAAAAAAUUUAACUCGCUAUCAAUACUUAACUCCAUUUUUGUAUCCAACCCAAACGUAAAAACAUCUCAUGAGAUUAUUUUCGUUUUAUGUGCACAAUCCCUACAGCAGCCACUUUUCAACCACAAAAACUCUAAAACACCAACAGUUUAUCAGCAAAAUAUACAGUUUUACCUAUUUCAAAUUAAACCAACUCUGCCCAGAAGUAUUUUUUAAGUAAUUUCACCAAAAAAUAUUAAAAGGAUUUUUUAAGACUUACUUUAUUGCUCCACAAAGGAAAUUACUUUUUUACUUUUUCGUUAUCUCUUCAUCCCCAGACGUAGUUUUUUCGAUUCACUUUCAGUCGCACAACAAACGACCGUAAUCUGUGUGUCAUUCAUUCGUUUUUCAAUAUAAAACAAAAAAUAAGAAAAUGAAAAAACAACAGUUUUCUUCAUUAUUUGUCUCCAAAACACAGAUAAUGAUUCUUUUUUUCAGUUUUCGAUUUUGUGUUUAAAUGAAAAAUGAAAAAAACGGUAACAGCCCGUUUACGUGACUUCCGUGGCUAUGAUGUCGGACUUUUGCACCGCAUACGGACAGGACCAGGACUGAUCCAGGUCCGGGACUGGGACCAGACCAGACCUGCGAGCUUUGACUCCAAAACAGCGCGCAGACAGUGACACGGAACCGUUCGGACCGCUGGUCUCGGGCUCAGUCCCGGUCUGGUUCCGGUCUGGUCUCGGACCUGGUUCAGUCCUGGUUCAGUCCGUAUGCAGUGUAAAAGUCCGACAUCGCAGUCACGGAAGUCACGUAAAUGGGAAACAGUCGUUUUAAAAAAUCGAAAACUGAAAAAACGAAUCGUUAUGAGUUUUUUCAUUUUGGUUUUGGAGACAAAUAAUGAAGAAAACUGUUGUUUUUUCGUUUUCUUAUUUUUGGUUUUAUAUUGAAAAACAAAUGAACGAAUGAUACAUGGAUUGACCGUCAUUACUUCAGUCUUUAAAUGUAAAACGUAACGUCAAGCGAAACCUUAAAAUGUAAAAUCAACCAAACUGCAACAAAAAACCAUCGUCUCUUCUUCGUAAACGUGGCCCAGAGUCGAAGAUGUUUUCACGUUCGUUUGUAUUUUCACGUUAGUCAGUGUCGACAACCAUCGACGAAUCACGUCACAGUGGUUUUAUAUUUUACGUUUACUUCAUUGAACCGCUGAACACGACACAUUACACACUAAGUCCAACAUGUAAUUUAUUUUUUAUAUCCUGUGCCGUUGGUUUGUACAGUUUAUUUGCACGUUUUGUAUCCGCCGCAUGUGUUUAAGCCUUUUCUUCACGUGUAUGUGGACGCAGACUCUGCAAAUGGUUAUUUAAGUUUUAAACGGAGCUUCUUUUUCGUUUUGUACAUACCUGUAAAUAAAACCGUCAAAUGCUGAAAAUAAACAAAA